CACCCUGUUUAAUGAGGCACUGCACAGAGACCUAGCAGGCUUCCGGAUCCAGCACCCAGACUUGAUCCUGCUACAGUACGUGGAUGACUUACUGCUGGCCGCCACUUCUGAGCUCGACUGCCAACAAGGUACUCGGGCCCUGUUACAAACCCUAGGGGACCUCGGGUAUCGGGCCUCGGCCAAGAAAGCCCAAAUUUGCCAGAAACAGGUCAAGUAUCUGGGGUAUCUUCUAAAAGAGGGUCAGAGAUGGCUGACUGAGGCCAGAAAAGAGACUGUGAUGGGGCAGCCUACUCCGAAGACCCCUCGACAACUAAGGGAGUUCCUAGGGACGGCAGGCUUCUGUCGCCUCUGGAUCCCUGGGUUUGCAGAAAUGGCAGCCCCCUUGUACCCUCUCACCAAAACGGGGACUCUGUUUAAUUGGGGCCCAGACCAGCAAAAGGCCUAUCAAAAAAUCAAACAGGCUCUUCUAACUGCCCCAGCCCUGAGAUUGCCAGAUUUGACUAAGCCCUUUGAACUCUUUGUCGACGAGAAGCAGGGCUACGCCAAAGGCGUCCUAACGCAAAAACUGGGACCUUGGCGUCGGCCGGUGGCCUACCUGUCCAAAAAGCUAGACCCAGUGGCAGCUGGGUGGCCCCCUUGCCUACGGAUGGUAGCAGCCAUUGCCGUUCUGACAAAGGAUGCAGGCAAACUAACUAUGGGACAGCCGCUAGUCAUUCUGGCCCCCCAUGCGGUAGAAGCACUGGUCAAACAACCCCCUGACCGCUGGCUAUCCAAUGCUCGCAUGACCCACUAUCAGGCAAUGCUCCUAGAUACGGACCGAGUUCAGUUCGGACCGGUGGUAGCCUUAAACCCGGCCACGUUGCUCCCCUUGCCGGGAAAAGAGACCCCCCACGACUGCCUCGAGAUCUUGGCUGAGACACACGGCACCAGACCGGACCUCACGGACCAGCCCCUCCCAAAUGCCGACCACACCUGGUAUACAGAUAAAAGCAGCUUCCUGCAGGAGGGGCAACGUAAGGCUGGAGCAGCGGUGACCACCGAGACCGAGGUAAUCUGGGCCAAGGCGUUGCCAGCCGGGACAUCCGCCCAGCGAGCUGAACUAAUAGCACUCACCCAGGCCCUAAAGAUGGCAGAAGCUCACUUACAGGCCCUCCAAGCAGUACAACGAGAGGUCUGGAAGCCUCUGGCCGCUGCCUAUCAGGACCAACAAGACCAGCCUGUGAUACCACACCCCUUCCGUGUCGGCGACACCGUGUGGGUACGCCGGCACCAGACUAAGAACUUGAAACCUCGCUGGAAAGGACCCUACACCGUCCUGCUGACCACUCCCACCGCUCUCAAAGUAGACGGCAUCGCUGCGUGGAUCCACGCCGCUCACGUAAAAGCGGCGACAACCCCUCCGGCCGGAACAGCAUCAGGACCGACAUGGAAGGUCCAGCGUUCUCAAAACCCCUUAAAGAUAAGAUUAACCCGUGGGCCCCCCUGAUAGUCCUGGGGAUCUUAAUAAGGGCAGGAGUAUCAGUACCACAUGACAGCCCUCAUCA